UUUGUCUUAGAUAUUUUCUAGAAGAAGAAAGUUACCUUGAUUUUGUCAACAGUCGAAACUUUGAAUUCGUAGGAUACGGUUCUAAUAUCAAAAGACCACUUAAAUCCUUUUUUUUUCUCUUUCAGAUCGCUUGGAGAGAUUAUAGUGCAACUAAUAUAGUAUUAUAGUAGUAGAAAAAUUUAUAUUAUAAUCGAUAAUCAUGGUGGUCGAUAAAUUAAUAAACGAUACGUCCAAUUUUAUUACAAAAGAUAAUAUAUUGAAAGGCAUAGAAAAACCUGUAUCCUUGGAAUAUACAAACAUCGGAAAGUUGUUGUUGGAUCGAAUGAAGGCUAAACCCGACUUUGUCGGUCAGAUUGAUGUGAUUACCGAGGAGACGUAUACUUUUGCUGAAAUGUUUGAUCGUACUGUAAAAUGUGCUCUAUGGUUGCGUCAACAAGGAAUCAAAGCUAACGAUGUGAUCGCCGUAUGCGCUCCCAAUAUUAUGGACAGUUUUGCUCCAAUUUUUGCUAGUUUCAGUCUGGCAGCAAUUUCUACUUCUUGGAACACUGAAAUGGAUAUAAGAGAGGCACGUUUUUUCAUGAAAUUAUCCAAUCCAAAGGUCGUUUUUACGGAAGAAAAUUUGGUUGAAACAUUAAUCGAGGCAGCGAAACUCGAGAAUCACGAUAUCAAAAUUGUUGUCUUUGGUAAGACUUCGAAUGCUAUUCCUUUUUCGAAGGUACUUGAGGAUCAUAAGAAAUCCGACGUGGAUAAUUUUGAAUGUAGUCCAGUCGAUAACGUUUACGAUACAGCGAUAAUCGCUUACUCAUCCGGUACGACUGGACUUCCUAAAGGAGUACAAAUUUCCCAUUACGCUUGUUUGUAUCAAGCUGUCUUUACCGAAGAUACGAAAAUUUGUAAUAUUCGAUUAUGGAUGACACCGUAUUUUUGGAUCACUGGAAUAUUGUUAACGUUGAAAUCCACGAUUAAUUAUUACAAAAGGUUCCUUUAUCCUAAAUUCGAAGAGGAGAUGAUGUGUAAAAUCAUAGAAAAGUAUAAGGUGGCAUGGCUGUUUCUAUCACCUAGCAUGGCGAAUAGAAUAAUGAAAUCAGGAUAUCUUAAAAAGUACGACUUGUCUACCAUUGAAAAUAUCUUUAUAACUGGUGGUAUAUUUAACGCGGAAAGUCAAAGAACGCUUAAGGAAUACUUGAUUAAUGCAACGAUAACGCAACUGUACGGAUCGACAGAAAUGUGUAGUUCUAUGAUGAUUCAAAAGCCAUAUCACAAACUUGAGUCAAUUGGUACGGUAUCUAAGAACGUUCAAGUCAAGAUCAUCGAUGUAGAAACCGGAAAUACAUUGGGUCCAAAUAAGACUGGUGAACUUUUAGGAAAAUCGCUAAUAAUGACCAAGGGUUAUUAUAAUAAUCCACAGGCGACCAAAGAGGCGAUCGAUGCUGAUGGAUGGUUUCACACCGGUGAUCUCGCCUAUUACGAUGAGGAAGGCCAAUUUUUCUUUGUUGAUAGACUGAAAGAAAUGAUAAAGUACAGAGGUUAUCAAGUUUCGCCUUGCGAGAUUGAGAAUCUCUUGCAAACUCAUCCCGACGUUGUCGAGACUGCGGUUGUGGGUGUUCCUAAUCUGCAGGACGAUGAGCAUCCCGUCGCUUUUGUCAUCAAAGUUCCCGGUUCGAAGGUAACCGAACGAGAACUUCAAGAAUUGGUGGCGAAAAAUAUGACUGAACGUAAUCAUUUACGCGCGGGUGUGAUAUUUUUAGAAAAAAUGCCUUAUACACCUUCUGAAAAAAUAUCUAGAAGAGAGCUCAAAGCCAUCGCUAAAAGGCAUUUCUGCAAAUGAUUGUUAUCGCUGAAAUUGUCGGUGGUGGAAAUUUCUAUGGGAUUAGAGAGUGCAUACAAAAAUUUAUGACGAUAUAUUGUAUUAUUGUGUUAUUACACGUAGACUUUUCUUCAUUUAUUUAUUAUCUAUACAAUAAUAUCGUUAUAAUGUUUAACGUGAGAUUGAAUUUGGCGAAAAUGACCUUAAUUUGGAAGGGCAGCAAAAAGGAUAACUAUAUCAAAAUGCGUUCGUGUUCUCUCUUUUUUUUUUUGUUUGUUUUUUUUUUUGUUUUUUGUUGUUGUUUUUUUCUCAAG